AUCUAGUUCAUGGCUGCCAAUCCAAAUGGUCUAGAAGAGAUAGGUGUUACUGUCGAUUGGGAUGUCCGAAAUAUCCCUUGUUUUUCUCUUAUAACGAGUCCCUGGUUAGAAACAAAGGGAUUCGUCUUUUGGUUACAGAAAUGACGCGUCAUCUUCUUGUAUCAGAAGACAUCAAUUUACUCCAAUUUACUUUCUUGCUAUUCCUCUUCAUAUCGUCAAUCAGCGCUCAGGAUCCCAUCAUCAGCUUCUGUGUGAACUCUCGGAAUUAUACUUCAGGAAGCCGAUUCGAGGAGAAUAUCAAUAAUCUCCUCCUUACUCUUCCUCUCAAUCGUACUGCCCAGCACUCAUACAAUACGACGUCAGGCGAUGAACCCGACCGGGUCUACGGUCUCGUCAUAUGCUUCUUACCUUAUACACGUGAAAGUUGCACGAGUUGCAUAGGCGAAGUAAAAAAGGAAAUGAAGCAUCACUGCCCAAAUCAAACGAAUUCAGUCAUUCGUAACAACGACUGUCUCCUGCGUUAUUCAGAACGGAACUUGAGCGCCCAGGUUACAAAUGGAAUCGAGUAUACGCUUCGAAAUGUAACGAACGUAACAGACCCGAUAGCUUUCAAUAAGCAAUUGCUUACAUUGAUGACGAAUCUCACAGCUGCUGUUGCUUCCGGUCCUUCCAUAUACGCCGCUGGAGAGAUUCAGGUUACCAGCUCUCAGAAUAUAUACGGACUAGCAGAGUGCUCUAGUGAGUUAUUGGCAACUGCCUGCUUCACCUGUCUGCAAUCUUCAGUCAACCUUAUACCAAGCUGUUGUGCCGGAAAAUCAGGAGGAGUUAUCUACACCGGUAGUUGCAGGAUAAGAUUUGAGGUGUAUCCUUUCUCCGACAGACCCUCGACGCCGGUGCCGUCACCACCAGAAACCCCAGUUCUAGCUCCCCUACCUCCACAGGGAGACGGGGACGAUAGGAAAGCAACAAAAAUUGCGAUCCUCGCCAGCGUGACAGCGUUUAUAGGGGUGGCCAUCUUGGGUUCAUGCUUAUACUACUGUAAAUGGGGCAGGAAGAGACCACAACGAGCAAUGCAGGGACAUUGGCAAGGAGCUUUGUUGGAUGAUUUGGGCCCUCCAAAUAGCACACAUGCACAGAUGGAUGGAGAAAGUCAGGUAGACAGUCAUGAAUUGCCGUGGAUUGAUUUGGCAACCAUACAACUUGCCACCAAUAGCUUUUCGGAGGCAAAUAAGCUUGGACAAGGUGGAUUUGGCCUUGUUUACAAGGGCGUGUUACCUGAUGGCAAGGAAAUAGCGGUAAAAAGGCUUUCAAGAAGCUCUGGACAAGGCCUGGAGGAGUUGAAGAAUGAAGUUAGAUUGAUUGCAAAACUUCAACAUAGAAAUCUUGUGAGGCUUCUGUUUUGCUGCAUUGACGGAGUGGAGAAGCUGCUCAUCUACGAAUACUUACCCAACACCAGCCUUGAUGUCUUUCUCUUUGAUUCAAACAAGCGUGCUCAACUCAACUGGGAAAAACGUCUUCAAAUUGUUGGUGGAAUUGCACGGGGCCUUCUUUAUCUUCACGAGGACUCUCGCCUCAGAAUCAUACAUAGAGACUUAAAACCUAGCAAUGUUCUGCUAGAUCAUGAAAUGAAUCCAAAAAUUUCAGAUUUUGGCAUGGCGAGGAUUUUUGGAGGAAACCAAAGUCAAGGGAGUACUAAAAGAGUCGUCGGAACUUAUGGAUACAUGGCUCCUGAGUAUGCAAUGGCAGGGUUGUUUUCAGUGAAGUCUGAUGUGUUUAGCUUCGGCGUCUUGCUGCUAGAGAUUGUAAGUGGGAAAAAGAACACUUAUCUUCAUUUCCCCGGAGAUGCCCAGAGCCUCCUCAUUUAUGCAUGGAGACUAUGGUGCGAAGGAAAGUGCUUGGAAUUGUUCGAUCCAUUGAUCACAGAGGCAUGUCCCACUGAAGAUGUGCUGAGAUGCAUCCAUAUUGGGCUAUUGUGCGUUCAAGAAAAUGCGGCGAACCGGCCCACCAUGUCAUCUGUAGUUGUUAUGCUGAAAAGUGACCCAAUGACGCUACCCCAACCCACACAGCCCGGAUUUUUUGUGGGAAGAGCUGUCAUUGAUUCGAAUCAACUAUCAGGAGGCGUCAAACCAUGUUCUACCAAUGGAGUUACCAUCUCUAACAUUGAACCGAGGUGACGGCACAAAUGGGCCAGAUAAAACUGGAUGCUCUAUCGUGUUUCAAUAUGACUAAGGUGGCAAUGUCUUCGGCAGUGGUUCCUGACCGCCCGUUCAAAAGAAUAGAUUAUGUGUUCAAUCAAGAAGUUGCGGCGAGGCGCCCCACCAUGUCAUCUAUAGUUGUUAUGAUGAAAAGUGACUCAAUGACGCAGCUCAGAUUUUUUGUGGGGAGAGUAGUCAUUGAUUAAAAUCAACUAUCGGAAGGUGACAAACCAUGUUCUAUCAAUGGUGUAAUCAUCUCUAACAUUGAACGGAGGUGACCAUACGGAUGGCAUGAAACUGCAUGCUCUAUUAGGUUUUGGAAUGUUUAAGGUGGCAACUGUUUUCGGCAGUGGUUCCCAACUGCCCGCUCAAAAAAAAAAAAGAAGAAA